AGUACAGGCCACACAAUAACCAAGCUUGAUGUUCGAUGGGAAUCACCGGAUUAUUGCCGUUCCUGGAGAAAGCUAGCAGCGCGUGCCAUCUGAAGGAUCUGCGAGGAAAAUGUGUGGCCAUCGAUAGCUACUGUUGGCUUCACCGUGGGGCAUUUGGAUGUGCGGAGCGGUUGGCGCGGGGUGAACAAACCGAUGCACAUAUCCGGUACUGCCUGAAGUACGUGCAGUUGCUGCUCUCGUACAACAUCAAACCGAUACUGGUGUUCGAUGGACGCCAUUUACCGGCCAAAGCGGCGACCGAAGCAAAGCGCCGUGAAAGUCGCGAAAAUGCACGCAAACGUGGUGCCGAGCUGCUGCGUUUGGGACGAAUCGACGAAGCGCGUAGCUUCUUGCGACGCUGCGUGGACAUUACGCACGAGAUGGCCCUCCAGUUGAUCCAAGAGUGCCGCAAGCGGAACGUUGACUGCGUUGUCGCACCGUACGAAGCCGACGCCCAGCUGGCGUUCCUGAACCGGGCCGAUAUUGCCCAGUAUGUCAUCACGGAGGAUUCGGAUUUGGUGCUGUUCGGGUGUAGUCGCAUUUUGUUCAAGCUCGAUCUGACCGGCAACGGGCGGCUCGUUGAAUCCACCAAGCUACACCUGGCGAUGGGCUGCCGGGAGGAGCGCUAUCAGUUUGUCAAGUUCCGACAGAUGUGCAUUCUGUCGGGGUGUGAUUACCUUGAGUCGCUGCCCGGGAUCGGACUAGCGAAGGCCUGCCGGUUCAUAUUGAAAACCGAAGAUCCUGAUAUAAAACGAGCGCUCGCGAAGAUACCGGCGUACCUCAAUAUGCGCCAGUUGGUCGUCACCGAGGAGUACAAAGCUGAGUUUCUGAAAGCCGAGGCUACCUUCAAGCACAUGGUGGUGUACGAUCCCGUAGAAAGACGACAGAAGCGCCUGACGGACCCGCUGGAUGAAGGCACCCCAGAGGAGUACUGCUGCAAUGCGGGAGUAUUCUUGGACGAGGAUACGGCGUUCAAUCUGGCGCUAGGGAAUCUGGACCCAUUUUCCUUGCGCCCCCUAGACGAUUGGCACCCGGAUAAAGUUACCGAAGCGCAUGGUGCUGGUGAGAUCAAGCGCAGUCGACAUCCAAGUAUUUGGCAGCAGAACAGCAGUUCCGCGGGCGAGGAAGGUUGUGAGAAACAAUCGCUACACGCAACAAAUACGCAGCAACAACAAACAUUCGUAAAACGACCGCUCAUGAAUGCGGCUUUCGAGGAGCAAGGUACAAAAGAUACGAUUGCAGAUGUGCUGCAAGCGUACGGCAUCGAGACGGCAACGGAGCCACCCAUGAAACGGCUCUGUCCCGCUGAAAAACCUUCGAUCCGAUCCAUUGCAUUUGGGUACGAGGAAGUGAAUGUUCUUGAAGCGAUGACACUACUCGAACGAGGAGAGUCGCCGAAACGCAAUCGCAAUCCGUUUCUGGUGGCCACAAAUGCGGCCGUUUCGUGCCGUGAAGCAUCGAAUGCGUUACUCUCUCCCACAAAGAUUACACCGAGUAACCGUUCGCUUCUGCAGAACGUAAGCCCGGUGAAACGUAUUGACUACUCUGCCUCGGGUCAAACCUCGGGACAACGGGACUUUAAAGUGACUAGCCAGUCCGACAACACAGCCACCACCGCGGUCACCGCUAGUCGGUUGAGCCGGUUCAAGCGAACAAACACGAUCGCGAGCUGCAGCAUUUCGGCGGGGCAGAAAGUGAUAAGCAGAUUUUUCUGCUCUCAAACUUCCACGGGGAGUACUGGUACCGUGAACAACGAUGGAGAUCCGAUACAGGACCCGAAAGAAGCCACCGUUGAAUCUCCAACAGCGAUUGUUCGUAAGUUUAAAAGUAAGCAAGAAACACAAAAAUUAGCCGCUGCUGCCCUGUACCUGCGAUCGCCCGAAGCCCAACUGAAGCUGCGUGGUGAUCGUACACCGGAAAAGCGUAGGACGGGCUGUGACUAUGGGACGGGCUUGAUUGAGCCAGCUUCUCCAUCCGUGGAAGAGGCUCUGGUAACAAAAGUAGAUAGUGGCAUCGGUGGAAUUGACGAUGAAACGAAUGCUUCUGAAGGGGACGGUUUAAGUCUAUCGCAGAAGGAGAACGAUGAUAACGCAUUGAACACUGUCGCUGCCGAGAGCAGCGAGACGAAAGGACGAAAAACUGUACGUCUGAGCUUGUUCGAGCGUAAGCAUGCGACGAAAAUCGAAUCCGAGGAGAACAUGGGAUCUGAUGAUCUUGCCAUCGUGCUUGACGACGAUGCAAGCGACGGUGGUGCUGAAGGAAAGGCAGAGAACCGUACGGGUAAUGAAAGUACUAAAACUGAUCUCAACACCGAGCGUGGCAAACCUACAUUCACGAACACUGCCGGUGGCCAUACUAGAAGUGAGAAGAAAACUAAUUCCAAGCCCAGCUGCCGUCGGCCAGGCUUAUCCGCCGUCCGGGGAAAACCUUCGAAAGAUGCAGCUGGACUAACGCAAAGUCGACUGUCCAUGUUUGGUUUCCAGAAAAAGUCUUCAAUGCAGCUGGACAAACGGUAGCGGUACAGCGGUCGACUGUGGCUACGGAUGAAUAUGGUGACGAUAACUGCUCAAAUGAAUAUCGUUUAAUUUGUUCUCUUAUUUGUUCAACAUUGAUAAAUCGUAUAAAUAUUUGUUUGUAAAAGAAAAGUA